UUCGCCAUUCUUCAUGGACGCCGUCUUCCACCUCGAUGAAGCAUCUCGUGCUGAAUUCCUGCAGUUGCUAAUGCAAUCCACAUGCUGCACUUAUAUUUGCCUCUGGUCUUUCUCACUGAAACAAGCAAACACCCAUUGCAGCUGUUUACUCGGCUGGGAUGGAUGUUACAAUAAAGAAAACAACCGGCCGAUACCUUUGGGGUUGUUCCUGGAGUACCGACGAUCAAUAUUUUAUCUUCAAAACGAUCAUGAGCUCGUUCCAGGAUUUGCGUUCGGGAAGAAUCAGCCUUACGUUGAGUUCGAGGAAUCGGAGCUUCAAAACCGAGCAUCACAUCAGACACAAAGGCGGUUCUAUCGGGAAGCAGGGAUCAAGACGGCUGUAUUUAUGGCAUGCAGGAGUGGAGAGAUUGAAUUAGGGUCAUCAAGUGUGACACAACUUAACAUGGAGAUGGAGAUGAGAAGCUUCUUCUCCGGAGAUUUCUGCAGACAAUUGUCUCCGUUGGAAGAUCAGCUUCCGCAAUCGACCGAUCCGAAUCGGCCGUCAUCGUCUUCGUCGUCGCUAAGGUCACUAUCCACGAGCAGUCCGGAUUCUUCUUUGAUCUUCACCGUCCCGACCACUCACGAACCUUCUUCGUUCAACGAUCCUCGCCAAGCCAUGCAAGCCUUUUCUCGAAUGCGGUGCAACGUCCGGCUACCGACGCUUGAGGGCGAUAACAAGGCGAUGACGAAGGCGAUCCUGGCCGUCUUAACGUCUCCUUCCUCUUCUUCUGCUUCCUCCUCUUCGACUCCCCUUCAACGGAACCAGAAUUUGCCAUACAAUUACCAGCUAAACCCCAAUGCUAGUGCUUUUAAGCGCUAUGCAUCGACGUUUGGCGGUCCGACGACGACGCCGGCGAGGUCCAGUUUACGAGCUCAAGCUAUGAUGAAACGAGUGAUUUUGUUUUAUAGAAAAUUCAAUCUGGCGAGGCGGGAACAGCUGAUCGGAAGCCGCCAGACUAGCAAUCAGUUGCACCACAUGAUGUCGGAACGGAAAAGAAGAGAGAAACUCAAUGAAAGUUUCACUGCAUUGCGAUCCCUUCUUCCUCCGGGCACCAAGAGAGACAAAGCAUCGGUGCUUAUAAGUGCGAGGGAAUACUUGGCUUCGUUGAAGGAACAAAUAAUGGAGCUUAGUAGGCAAAACCAAUUGCUAGAAGCACAGCUUUUGCCAUCCAAAGAAGCUGCCAUGGAAGUUAAUAGUUCAUCGAGCGAGAGGGUAAAUGUUGUCGUUAUGCCUGUAUCCGAAUCCACAUCCCAACAAAGACUCAUCGAUCUAAGAGUUAAUGUCAGAGGAGAAGGGUCGAUCGCGGAUAUCUUAAUUCAUCUACUUGAAUUCUUGAAGCUUGAUAGAAAUGUGAAAUUGAAGUCCGUUGAAGCUAACACUCGUUUAUCGGAAUUUGGUUCGGUUAAUCUUGUUAACUUGAGACUCAGGAUUGAGGGCAAUGGAUGGGAUGAAUCCACCUUCAAGGAAGCAGUGAGAAGACUAAUCACAGACUUAGCACAGUGAUUUAAUACAAUCCCAUACGUUAAUCACUUUAAUCAGUGAUCAAAACAAUUU